AUGGCAAGUAAACCAGCUGUGAAGACACAACAACAAAUAAGACUGGUACUUUUUGAAUGUGAUAUCCUAUGUGUUUGAACCAGAUUUGUUGCUUACUUUCAUUUCAUUUUGGAUUACACCGCGUACUGGCCACAUAGAAAUGUAGUGACUGUACGUGACAUUUUAUGCUCGAAACCGCGGGAUCUACACUUGCGGAUGGCUGCAAAGAAAGGUGCGGUCCCAAAUAUUAUUAACGCCUCAGCUUGUUGGUUGUAACUCCUUUGCUAUUCAUCUACGCGAGGUACUAGUCACCAUGCGCGUGGAUUUAACGCGCUUCUGAUAACGCUUCUACGAUAUCGGCUCAGCGCUUCCUCCCUAUUGAUGGUAGUAUACGCAAACGGACUGAAAGUGCACAGACUACACAACUCUUGUCCAGGUCAGUAGUCGAGACUAAAGUUGAAGUACCAAAACACUAAUUCCCGAAGGAGUUCAGCCAAUUUUGCACCAGAUAGGUCGACGACGCGUACGUUAUAAUCGAACGAGAGAUUGUCGCAUGCGCCCGACGUUUAAAUGGACGUUUAAAGGGAUAAUAUGGGACGGAUGCCGGGGAAUAUCGGUCUAGGAAAUGGGGGAUCAGGAUUAUAACGCGAGUAAUAAGCAUUUUAGGGAUCCGCAGUACCAUGAGACAGUCUGAUAUGGCCAGGGGUGGGGGCAAAAAACGACAAUUAUAAGGGGUGCCCCUGCGCAUUUUAUUUCGAUGAGGGAGCCACAUCGGGGAUUUGCCCCGCCAAACCCCCCUCUCCAGCCCCCUCUGGCCCCACCAUAGCCCCCUCAUGCGGCGGGGCUGUGAGCGGGCUGGUGCUGGCAGGGUUUAGUCCACCUUCUACAUGCCUCAGUUUACUAUCAGACGAAAACAACUAUCAUUCACAGCUAACUUGUGAAAACUAUAAACGGCAAUAUUGCACUUAUUAAAUUAACGACUGGUAAUUCAGAUAUUCCACACUGCCGGAACAAACGCCCCUUUUCAGCCGAACGUGCCAAAAGCAUUUCAAAACGUCAGCGGGGUAGGCCGGAGGAACGAGGAAGUCGUCCACCUUCGCGAACGUGGAUAACACAAAGCCAGCUGAUGUGUGACGGGCGACAAUGCGACCGAAUUUUCGUCCCAAUGGAAGCUUUUUCGCACGCUCUAUUUGAAAUUUCCGAGGACGAAUGACACAGAGAAGAAAAACCGAAAAUCCAGUGUGCUGUGCUGAAGCAGUGGUUGGGGUUGUUCGCUUUUGAUUGCGAAAUCUGCAGACAAUCGACGUUGACCACAAAGCACCCUACCAGCAAAAGCUGCUACCGAACCGCGAUUCAAAUGAAAUUUGGAGGAAUGGAGCGCCAGGCUCCGCGCCGGCCAGUAGGCGGUUAUGAAGUCCGGCGUAGUCCGGUCGAACAGCUUUCGUAAACAGCUAUAAUACUUGUACUCGUACUUGAUACGGCUGCGAUCAUGCCUGAUCUAGCCAGCCCCGAUGAUGUCACGAACUGUGCCUCUCCACGCGUUACGACCCGCGGCAGCAGAUCCAGACAGCUCAACCGAUUCCCUCCGCCAACGACGUAGACCGAAUACCGAAGGUCCAAGAACCACGCCCAUGUCUUGCGAACUGUGUCGAGCCAGGUUUUGAACUGACCUUCUCUUCAACGCCUCUAAUGGGGCAACGGUGCCGGAUCGAGGGCAAUAACACUGAGCUCCUGAGGUGGACGACGAAGAACAUGCCCGAACCACCUCAGUCGUCUUUCUUCAAUGGCCUGGGUUAUCCUUGCGAUGUUGUCGCAGCGAGCGCGGACUGUCUCAUUUGAGACGAAGUCGGUGAACUUCACUCGAGGGAUGGUCCUCCAGCAGUGGUGGCCAAAUACCUCCAGCUUUCGCUCGUCCUCCACGCGCAAAGCCCAGCAUUCGCAACUGUAGAUAAGGACAGACCGGACAGAUGCACGGUACACGCGAAUCUUAGUGGGGAUGGAGAGGUCACGUCGGAUCCAUAGGCAUUUCCGAAGGCUUGAGAAAACCUAGCGGGCAGCAUCGAUUCGUGAGACGAUAUCGUCCUUACUCUGGCCACUAGGCAGCAGCCUCGCCCCGAGGUACUUCAAAGUGUCUACUACUUCAAGUUGACAGCCAUCAAUCCUGAGGGGCGCCUUCUCCUGUUCAGGGAUGCAGCUUGAAAACACCUUUGUCUUCCUAGCGUUUAUGGAUAAACCGACCAAUUUAGCGACCUCGUUCACCCGUGACACCAUAGGCUGCAGAUCACUAAAACUUGAAGUAAGUAAGGCGAUAUCAUCGGCAUAGUCGAGAUCAGACAGUCGAUGUCCGGGUGCAAGCCCAACGUCGUCACUCUCGCGUAGGACCCUCCCGAGGAUCAAGUCAAUAGCAUAGUUGGACAGAAUGGGCGACAAAAUACAACCCCGUCGAACGCCGGACCGAAUAGCGAGCGGUUGGGAAAGAUUGUUGCGGCCCAGGACUCUCGUAGGAGUGGUGCGGUAAUGGACCUUGAUCACGGCGAUGGUUUUUGCCGGUACACCAUCCAGCGCCAUCAUCCGCCACAGGGACUCACGGUGAACGGAAUCGAACGCGGCGGCAAAGUUAAUGAAGCAGACGGCCGUCGAUUGUUGGUAGCUAUGGCGAAAUUCGAGAAUGCGCCUCAGUGUGAAUAUCUGGUCCGCUCAUCCACGUCUAACGCGAAAUCCGGCUGGGUUGGGCCUCGUCCUUGAGUCACACACAGCCUUGAAUCGCUUGAGUAGGAAAAUUGCAAAGGUCUUCGCAACAACGUCGAAGAGACUUGUGCCGCGGUAGUUCUCGCAUCUCGUCUUAACUACCUUCUUGAGGAUAGGUAUAAGGAUGCCUAAGCCCCAGUCAUCAGGUGCAACCUCGUCUCUCCACGUUCGUUCAAUCACCUCAUGGAGCCAGGACGUCAGAAUGUCGACACAGGACUUGCGGACUUCAGCGGGUAUACCGUCCUCUCUGGGGGCCCUAUGGUUGCGCAAAUUUCGUAUGUCAUCGACGAUUUCUCUUUCAGAGGGGGGAGGGGGGUUGCGUGGCACUGCGUAGGUAAGGUAGGUUGGGUAUCGAAGAUAUAAUAUGACUUCUUGACGUGGAUAUCUAAUCCGACUUCCAAAAGCUAUAGGAAACCGAUUGCUUACAGGUCGUUCGACACACGAGCAUCCCCAAUGUUCCAAUCAAAACAGCCACAGACACGCGAAUGAGGUAGAAAGAAAAAAUUGGUUAGGAGGGUCAUAUUUGUGAUUACUCUAGAAUAGGGCUUUAUUCAUCUCACAAUCGGCUUAUCGGGACUAAAAUGCGGAACAUAGCAGUAGUCAAUGAGGUAGACUUUGGUAGUGAUAAUAAAUUAACAGGACAUCUUCCCAGCCCAACAAACAGAGGGACCAAGAUGUCAACAGUUCAAUUGUGGUUUCCACGUAACAUAUUUUCACCGUCUUUGUUGCGUUGACAGUAUGACUGAACAUGUUGUUAUUGUCGUCCGAAUAAUGCAUCUGGCUUGUAUAUGUGGACGUCGCCAUCGGUACGGGUUAUAACGGGUGUUUCAGCAUUUUGUUUGUCAGCUAGGCUGGCCUCGCUCUCCUGUGCAGUGUUUCGUAAAUGGUCAGGUGAAAACGGAAUGUAACGUUUGAGUAACGGCGUCAUGCGACCCCCCUUCUGAGGAAGAAUUCGCUGAUGCCAUGCGAAAGCUAUGCAACAAAAAGGUACCCAGAGAGGACGGUAUACCCGCUGAAGUCCGCAAGUCCUGUGUCGACACACUAGCGUCCUGGCUCCUUCAGGUGAUUGAACAAGCGUGGAUAAACGAGUUUGCACCUGAUGACUGGGGCUUAGGCAUCCUUAUACUUAUCCUCAAGAAGAUAGUUAAGACGAGAUGCGAGAACUACCGCGGCAUAAGCCUCAUCGGCGUCGCUGCAAAGCUCCUCUCUAUUGUCCUGCUCAGGCGAUUCCAGGCUGUGCGUGACUCUAAGAUGAGGCCGAACCAAGCCGGAUUUCGUGCUAGACGUGGAUACACGGACCAGAUAUUCACACUAAGGCGCAUGACCAAAUUUCACCAUAGCUUCCAGCAGCCCACAGCCGUCUGCUUCAUUGACUUUGCCGCCGCGUUAGAUUGCGUUCAUCGUGAGUCCCUGUGCCGAAUAAUGGCACUAAAUGGUGUACCGGCAAAAAUCAUCGCCAUGAUCUAGUCCUAUUACCUCGCCAUCAAUGCGCGAGUUCUGAUCAUUAACGAUCUUUCCCAGCCGUUCGGCAUUUAGUCUGGCGUUCAAAAGGGUUGUGUCCUUGCCUUGUUUAAUUUCCAAGGAAAUUAAUGCGCGAACUUGGAGUAAAUCUUUCGAAACGGGCCUUUUCAGGCACGCUCCAAAUUUUGAUAUGAAUAUUUUAGCUGAAAUCCAUCAGCUACUGCGGAAUAACCGCUUAAUAUUCACAAACCGCCAACAGGCAGCCAGUAGUAUAGAUUUGUGCAAUGAUUUACCGUUGUGUCCGGUCGCUCAUUCUGUUCAAUUACGCUGUUGACUGGAUUCUCAGAGGGCCAUACACGAAGGUGUCGGUGUUGAGUUGCCACCCGGACACCGACUGACUACUCUAGACUAUGCCGAUGGUGUUCGACAGGGUUGUAUCCUAUCACCCAUUCUGUCCAACUGGGCUAUUAAGUGAAUUCUUAGGAGGACCCUACACGAGGGUGACGGUGUUGAAUUUGCAUCUGGACACCAACUGACUGAUCUCGACUAUGCCGACUGAGCCUUACUUGCUUCAAGUUUUGGUGAUCUGCAGUCUGGUGUCAUGGGUGGACGAGGUCGUUAAAUCGGUCAGUUUAUCCAUAAACGCUGGGAAGAUAAAAGUGCUUUCAAGUUGCAUACUUGAAUAGGACAAGGCACCUCUCGGAAUUGAUGACUGCCGUAUGAAGAAGUAGACAGUUUUAGAUACCUCGGGGCAAGGUUGCUGUUGAAUGGCAGAGUAAGGAUGACAUUGUCUCGCGAAUUGAUGCUGCCCGCCGGGUUUUCUCAGGCCUUAUAAAAUGCCCAUGGACCUGACGCGACAUCUCUUUGACAAUCGUCGUCAUUGCCACAAGCGUGCGAACGGGAUAGUACGAACAGAUUGGGUAUACGUGUCAGAAUGGAGGGGUACCUAAAAUAUGGCUUCAUUCAUUUUACAGUUGGAAUAUGGCACUAAAGCAACAAGUAAGGUAUCAGUCAGUGAGAUGGAAUUGGGUGAUGAUUGUAAAUUAGCAUGACACUCACUAAACCCCGACGGCGUGGAGUGCCUGGUCGACCUCUACAAGUGCAAAGGCAACUGGCAACUCUGUGACAAUCACAGAGGCAUCUCACUAUUCAAGACCUUCGGGAAGAUCUUCGUCCGGAUCCUCCUCAAUCGCCUCAACGGACACCAAGCAAGGACUUCUGCCGGAAAACCAAUGUGACUUCCGAUUACACCGGGGUACCACUGAGUGUUUGCCGCUCGCCAGCCACAGGAGAAGUGCCAGGAGAUGCGGAAUCACCCCUAUACCACCUUCGUGGACUUGAAGAAAUCCUUUGAUAUGAUGAAUCGCAAGGGACUGUGGAAAGUCGUGCAGAAAUUCGGUUGCCCUAAACGAUUCUUGCACAUGGUGGUCAACUCCACGACGAGAUGGUGGCGCGCAUCAUGGACAACGGCGAAAUCUCUGAGGAAUUUGCAGUGACUAAUGGAGUAGAGCGGGGCUGCGUCCUCGCCCCUACCCUCAUCAGUCUCAUGUUCUCUGUCAUGCUGAUGGACGCGUAACGUGAUGAACCCCUCGGCAUACCCAUCGCCAACAUAACUGACGGGCAUAUUCUCAACAGCGGACGCAUGCAGGCCCGAACGCGGCUAUCCACGACCACGGUCCACGAUCUGCACUUCGCCGACGAUUGCGCACUCAAGAGGACGACCUUAGUGGACAUGCAACGAAGCGCGGACCUCCUCGCCGACGGAUGCACCAAAUUCGGUCUGACUAUCAACACGGACAAAAGGGUGCCCAUGCACCAACCGUCACCCAACACGCAAUACUGCAUUCCUCCUCGAAUCACUGUUAAGGGCCACCAACUCAAUACCGUGGACAAUUUUGCUUAUCUCAGAAGCACACUUUCCAACAGCACGAGAACCGAUGAUGAGGCAACCACCGGAUCUCCAGUGCCAUUCAAACCUUUGGCCGGCUGCAGAACUCCGUGUGGAAUCGUCACGACCUCCAACAGCAUACCAAACUGAAGAUGUACAAGGCCGUCGUCCUGGCGACACUUCUCUACAGAGCGAUUACUUGGACCAUCUACUCCAACCAUGCCAAAAUACUCAACCACUUCCACCUCAGCUGCAUCCGCAGAAUACUAAGGCUGGGAUUGCAAGACAGGUACUCCGAAACGGGAGUCAUAGAACGGACCGGCGUCCUUAGCAUACACACCAUGUUCAGACAACUGCAGCUACGUUGGAGUGGCCAUCUCGUAAGUAUGGAAGAUAGACGUCUACCGAAACAACUCUUCUAUAGUGAUGUCGCUACCGGUGCUCGGUGACCGGGAGAACCAAAAGGAGGCUACAAGGACACAUUGAAAAAAAAUCUUCUUAAGCAGAAUUCUCUGCAGAGCAACCCGGGGACCUGGGAGGACGCUGCCCAGAACGCCGGCAUGGCAAAGAGAAGUGAAGACCGGCGCUGCCAUCUAUGAAGCAAAUCAGAUUGCCGCCGCCAAAGCUAAACGGGAGGCUCGCAAAUCACAACUGCCUGCCCUCCUCAGUGCCAACCAUCCGACUUCUCCAACAUGCCCGCGCUGCCAACGCGCAUUCCGCACACGAAUCGGUCUCGUUGGAUACCUUAGGACCCAAUGCGCCAUCAAACUGACAACGUCUACCUUUUCUCCCACUCGUUUCUGCCACAAAACCCACGCCGACCGCCUUUCUCGUCACCGACGAUCUCACCGUCGCUGCCUUACCACCACCACCUGCACUGCCUCAACUCCUGCGUCGACCGCAGCGGCCAGCAUCACCACCACUUCUUCACACACACCCCUCACCGAUGGGACGACGUCCGACCUCUCAUCAACUUCAAGCAUCACCAACAUCCCCACCUCCAGCGAUGCGGACUCCGUUCAUUCCUGUUCUCAUUACGAUCGUACAUUCACCCCACACAUCAACCUAGUUGGUCACAUGCGAAUCCAUUGCACGGAGACUAGCAAACCUGUGCCUGGAACACCAACCUAUACUCGUCGCUUCCGCCUCUACUGCCCACAUUGCACCCGCACAUUAACGCACCGCAUGGGUCUAUUAGGGCACAUGCGCAAUCAAGAAAACAUGCGGUAGACAACUGCCGGCUAUACCACACCGUCACAUUUUCUCCUGCCAGCACCCGCAGCUCCCAACACCAUCACAAGCACUUAAUUGCUACCUCCAAAGCAAGUGGGGAAUGUGCCUCUCUGUUCCUUCUCCAUACGACUGCAUGUGUGGUCCGAGACUAAGGCUAUCACUGUGCCCCAAGCGCCGUGGCAUGGAAGGCCGCCGACUGACGCCCCAACUCAGUCCACGCAGUCUGCUCAGUGGCUUGUGUGGAGUGGCGGACUGGUGGACUGAGAGCCAGUCUCUCACGGCUCCUUAACGUGACCUCUGCCACUCUCACACACAUGUGUAUGUAUAUCUGUAGUAAUGUGCGGCUUCAGUUGUGCUAGCCACCCUAUUUGUUGGAUAAAACCCUGGUCAUUAGCUCUGUUGACCAGGGGGUGUGUUGGGGAGCGUCAAGGUGCGGGUCCGGCCGUACUGGCCAUCGGCGCCCUUUCCCUCCUCCGGUUUUCUUGAGUAUGUCUUGAUACCGGGUCCAAGGGGAGGGAGAGGAGGAGAGUGCGGUAGAUGCUGUGCAUGUCUACAUUCACUAUAAACUAAUUCACGCGCAAGUCACCGUGCUUGCUUCAUCUUGCUGUGUAUCACGCGGCAGUCGUCGAGCACGGCGAUCGAACUGUCACGUUCAGAUUUGCAACUUUUGGGAUAUUACAUUGGCAUAGCCACUAAGAUCACCACUCAGGUGCAGUCCUGUUCUUACAAGUCUGCUGUUUGAGUGAGGCCCAUUGCAUAUCCUGGCCCCGCAUUAGGCAACGGUUGAGAACCAAACUGACUUAGAAUACAGUUCGUUUGCGCUACUGCCCUUUGUCUCUGAAUGUCAAUUUUGCUUAAGUAUCUGUUUGCCUCCCCUAUGCUUCUUAACCACCUGUUUGCACCUGUUUUUUAAGUUUAACCGAAAUCAUGCUCGUUACUAAUCUCGUUCUCACACUUGCGCUGACUGUCGAUGUUCCUCUUCUUUUCCAGAAUACUGAACUUUUUACCCUGACGUACGGAUCGCUUGUCGCGCAGAUAGUUAACGACUUCGAAUCGGACGAGACUAUAAAUGAACAGCUGGAAACCAUGCAAGUUUAAUUCCUUCUCUUACCCUCUGUUUUAGUGGGUUUAAUAUGGGUGAAAAACUUGUUGAGGACUUUGUCGCCAAGGGAAACUCUGGUCGUUGCAAUGACUUCAAGGAAACGGCCAAUCAACUGGUCAAGGUACACUUUUUGGCUGCUAGUGCCUUUCACCUCCCCUACCCUCCAAUUCAGGAGCACCUUCUGUUUGUGUGCUCGUCCAGCUGUGCCAGAUGCGUAAACCGUUGCUGUUUAGAUCUCUCCUGUUAUCUAACUUUGAAUACCGAGGAAUGUAAUUCUUCAAAAAUUCUUUGACAAAUCCUGCCUUCAACUCCUUCAAACCACUUCAUCUAUUCCACGUUUCAUCCAGUAAUGUUAUCGUUCACUUUAGGUAGUUGCCCUACUACUGGCGUUUCUGUUAACCUUUAUCUCGGCCAAAUAUCAGGACGGUGCCACUUAUUUCGAGGACCUUUCCAGACUAGGAUGUUUCUGGUGUAUACUCUUACGAACUUCUUCCCUCUGCAUUGAUUGGUGCUGUCACGUAUUACCUAACUAAAGGCAUUCAUUCACUAUCGAACGGCUGUCCUGGCGAAGUCUCUUCUUGAUAUAGGGGACCAGGUCUCGUGAGGCGGAGGCGAAAUAUCGUCGGUCACUGCGCCCAAGCCCCGCCCCAGCAGUCCUGACUCUGUAUUAGUACUUAACCACACCAGUAAUUGGGAGAGAAAUGUGCCAUAAUCUUGACCCACACAACUUAAUCUUCAUCUGCGUCCAGACGAUAUAUUAGUUGUCUUAUCGGGGACGAGGGUAAUGCUCGUAGUUAUAAUCAAUGACUGUAACGGCAAGUGCGUAGGUCCUACGCUAAUUCACUUGCAAUGCUUCCCACCGUAUGCUAGAACACCUGGAGAGAAGAGUUUUGAAAAGUGGGCUGCAGGGAAUAUCCACGUACGUUCGCUGUUGAUCUCUGCAAAAUACCCUGUCCAUGCAUUUUCGUUACCUACUCAUACAGUAGCUGUUGGCUUCUGCAGCCUUGAUGCCGGCUGCAUGCGGUCUAAGGACUUAUGUCAUCGCCUUCUUGUUUUCUUCUACCUGACGCUGCCUGUGAAAAAAGAUCUCUCCAUGGCUUAUAUCCUUUAGGAACUCCAAGGAUGAGACCGCCGAGUGAGACAGGGAAAAUGAAUAUUAUUGGCUAUGAACCGUCCGAAAAAUACGCAACAAAGGACUUCUGAGGUUCUGGCAUAACCACACUAUUGAAAGCCACAAUUUUCGCUGUUUCGGCCCUGUGGGUGGUUAUGUUCCAGUUUUUUUGGGCAGUCAUAGUCUAUCGCGCGCGUGGUUGCGUCACUUUCGUCCUUCAAAUAGAUGUUGCAGGUAUGGAAGGGAUGAUGUAGGAUAUACGGACCUUUCCACACUUUUGACGUACUUUGUUGUUUGUACUCUAAAGCUUCCUCUAGGUAACAAAGUUUGCUUCUUUUCCAAGGAACUGUUCAUCGAUAUUAGGUUUUGACCCUGUGCGGCCCCACCUUUUGACCAACUGCGGGCUAAUCGAAAUGGGUUUUUCGUCCGAAAGUAGAAUCCAAUUAAUUCUUACUGGUGAAAAUUUUAAUGAAAGUAUUUGUUUCCCCGUUGAUCGUGUACCUUUUGACUUCAUCCGCACCUACUGCUUGUGACCUUUGCAUGGUGGCGCCGACCGAGAACGAGGAAUGAAAUGUAGGGCAAUAGCAUGUGUCCGCCCAUUCGAAGAUAGGCGAGCUUCAUAUCACCGAUUAAAAGAACCAGGAAGUAGUAGUAGGCAGUAAAAUUACCUGCGACACCGCGAGAGCAUGUGUUCACCAAAUCAUUUUUCCCAAAUGCUUCCAGGCUGGAGUCUAUUUUGUCUAUCAAUGUCAACUUGUCCACUCGCCGGCAACGAUUGUUGUCUCUAUCACCAUUUCCAUUUUCAUAGGGCUUUAAAUUGUUUUUGGGAAUCACGCCAACAGUUACAAAAUUUAGCGCCGCCGGAGACGAGUUCUCGCUUAUUCUGGAUUCAAACCCUCUGACCGAGUUUGUGGAUCUUCCGGCUAACCACCCGGGCCUUCUGUACUGCAACGUUCUCCCGGGCGCUAUUCGUGGUGCCCUGCACAAUGUAAGUUAAACAUUCCAAACCGUUGAGUCCAUUAUCUUAAAACCAGUCAUCUUUGGCCGGACCAAAAGCCAGGUACUUCUCGAUUCAUUUUCCCUCUGCUUUCUUCAAUUUAUACGAAAUCAACGGAAUUUACCAUUGGUAAGGUAGCAAACUGCAAUUUUAUUAUAUUACAGAAGAAGGGGCGGCCUGAAGUUUAUCAGACAAUGGAAUGUCUUGAAAUGGUGUUCGGUUCCAUUGAUACAUGUAGGAUACCUGCCAAUGGCAGAUUACACGAGUGUUCAUACCACCACGAUUGUCUUCAAGAGAGGAAUUAUUUACGGGCACUAACUUUCAAGGGAACUCGUCUUUGUACACAGCGACUCCGAGGGUUAUUUUGUCCGUCCUUUCCUCGGAAAGCAGUUGCAGUUCUAUAAGCAUAGAACUGCGGUGGGAAGGUACACGUUACUGAGCGCUACGAUAUAAACUUCUAGUGUCGCUGAAAGAGUUCACGGCGGGAAGUAAACAUGUAGUCUCUUAUAAAUUAAUUAAUUUGAUGUUGUGUUCAGUACCUUUCGAUAGUACCUCGAUUAUGUAGUUUUUUCUCGACAGUGUAUUUGCUGUCAGUCGCUGUUUUCGGUGUUUCUUCGUGUACUGCAUUUAUUCACUCUCAGGAGACGCAUUUUCACCCAUUAGCCGCUCCUGAAGGUGUUAGAAGAGUACCCUUGUUGCUUCUUUCUUGUAUCCGCUUCAGUAUUUCCUGCCGUCCGUCUUAUAGGUCCAGUUGGAGGUCACCGCUCGCAUAGUACAGGAUCAGCUGCGCGGUGACAAGGUCAACGAGAUCCGUGUCAAGUUUGUUCGCCGCAUAAAGGAAGUUUGCGUUGGCGAGGACUAG